AUGUCUGGAGCACCGUAUUAUGAAGAUGACGGCGAGUCAUUGAAUCCUGGACCUUAUCCUUUUCCAUUUGACGAUGAACGUAGAUUUCAAAACUCCUUGCAUCAAGCUAUUUUUCAUGAGGAUGAUCCAGGGCGUGGUAGCGCUGGCGAUUCGGCUUUAAUUGACCCACCGUUUCAUGAUAUAUCAAAAUCAAAUGUGAACGCGGCCAAUCCCAUGGAAACUGACUUUAGCCAAUUUCAACCAGCAAGCAAGGAACAAGAUUUUCAUCCGUUAUCGAAUAAUGGUUCCAAGGAUGACUUGCUGUUAACCGAAGAUGACGAUGGACUGAAAGACAAGGGAAGGAUGCCUUCUUCGACCAGUCCGCUUCACGCAGAAAGUGGUUCUCCAAAAAGUCAUGAAGCCCACAUCAAGAGGAAUACCCCAUUGCCGCCUCACGGAGCAUCGCCUCUCCCUCCAAUGUCCAUUGCCAUGAAUUUUGCCCGGAAAAAAGCUUGGCCAGCAAGUUUAGCAAUUGAACGUGAUAAUACCGCUGAUGCCAUUUUUUCGAGAGAAGAAGGUAAAGAAGAGCAAUUUACUUUAGAAGGUGUCAAAACAAAGUCGGGACGUAAAGUUCAUCGACCUAAUCAUUUCGAUCCUUUGGUGAAGUUACCGACCAGAAAACGUGGCCCUGGUCGGCGGCCUACAAUUGCUUUAACCAUGAAAUGUUGCAUAUGUCAACGCUUACAAUCACCACCUAAAAAUCGCAUUGUUUUCUGCGAUGGUUGUAACACCCCGUUUCACCAGCUCUGUCACGAACCAAACAUAGCUGAUUCUCUAUUGGAUUCUUCUAAUGCUGAAUGGUUUUGCAACGCCUGCUCACUACGAAAGCAUCAAAAGCCCUUGAGUAUGGGUUCCACUGCAAAGGAAUUGAGCUUGUCUAUGGAAGAAAGAAAGUCUUACUUAUUCAGCUUACCAACGUCACAUUUGGUUGACAUUUUACUCACGUGUGAGCAAACUCAUCCAGAGUUACCAAUUAUAAGUCCAAAAGCCGCCUCAUUUAUUCAAAGUUCCAAACAAGAAAAAGCGCCCGCUGUUCAUCCGGAAGUAUUACCUCAAUCAGACUUUGCUAAUAUUUCAUCUGACCCCAAUGAGGUUUCCCAAGCAAACCUUCAAGGGUUAACCUCCUCAAGUUUUAACUUGAGUUCUGCUACCGAUCCAGUUGCUUCUCAAGAUCAUAUUUUCCAAUUUUCAGAAAAAGAGAGUAUUCCAUCUAUCAGUGAAUACAUGCAAACUCAUAGUAAUGCUGACGAAGUGAUGCUUGAAGUAUUGGAGAAGUUUCCGGCCGUUGCCUCGCUUGAUUCUAUUAUUGGUUACAUUCACAGUAAUUACGCCGAUAAACAUAUAAAUAAUUCAGAUAUUAUCAGGACACUAAAUCGGCUAGUGCGAAAAGGGCGUGUGCUUCGAGAUGCCACUGGUAUUUCAUACGAAUUGGACCGAACAUUUGAUAGACAAAAGCCGUCCAUUCGUAACGAUAUAUCUGUAACUGGACCCAUACCCAUUGAUUUUAUGUUGUACACGCCAAACACCGACGAAUUAGAAGAAUCUUUUUGUACUCAUUAUGUUUUCAACGACUCAGCUGUACUUUAG